GAGACCGCAACCGCAACCGAAACUUAAACUGAAACUAAAAUACGAAAUACGAAAUACAAAACGAAAUUUGGGACUUGAAGUCAGUCGCAUUGCCUUUCUACGCAAACCUCAUCAGCCAAAACUGACAUCACGCCAAACCGUCAAGCUAAAACAAAAAAAUAAAAAUAAAAUAAAUCAAUUACAAAUUCAGCUGAACUGAAGUCUUUUGUGUAAAUAAUCUGAGGCAACAGAAACGCAAAUGCAAAUGCAAAUCGCCAAAGCCCAACACGACGAAUGAAUUGACAAUGACAAAGAGUAUUAAACGUCUCCGUUUCCACAACACUUCUAGUAGUUAUAAUGGUAUUCUCUUUAGCUUUGUGAUAUUAGCUUGUAUCUCAGCUGCAUUCAGUACGCCGCCAUCAUGUGGUUUAUAUGGCGCACCGCCUUGCCAGUUUUUGCCAGCGCCGCCGGGACAGACGCCCAACUGUGCCAGGCCCGGCAAAACCUACUGCGAGCACGUCGCCAACUAUCCCACGUACGUCAUCAAGAGUCUCGUACGUAAAUGGGGUUACGAGGCAUCAGCUCUGCUGGUUGAUGAAACCUGGGAGGAAUUCUCAGCGGUUGCGUGGACGGACACGCCCGUCUUCUACGAUCCCAAGUCCAUAUUCCCACAGCGUGACUUUUCCAAUGGGCAGGACUUUAACGGCUACAGCUAUCAGACGCCGUUUGGCGGUGUGCCUCAGCGUAAUGGGGCAGGCAACUCUCUCUUUGCGCCCAAUCCUACAACAGAUGCGCCCACCUAUCUGCUGUACACCUCAGCGGGUGGUGGUAGGAAUCGUCAUGGCCAGCGUACGGUCAAUCAGCAACCCGGUGGAUCGGGUUCAUCUCUCUACUACAAUGGCCAUUCGCCAUACAAUGCAACGCUUUGGCUGAAGCGUCUGGUGCGUGAUCUAAGUCUAAAGCAGAAGGCCGCACAGGCGACACCAGCAAAAAUUGAGGCUGACAAGGAGUUGGAGCAGCUAACCGAGCAGGAGAAGGAGCAGAGGGAGCAGGAGAAGGAGCAGCAGAAGCGCAGUGUGCGCGAUGUGUCGCUCAACAUGGAUCUCUUAGAUAUUGUGGGCGUCAGCGAUAACAAAGACGAGAUUGGCAAAAAGUCGCGCGUAAAGCGACAAAGUCCGUCGCGUUCAUCGCUCUGCGAAACCACGUCGCAAUUUAUAACGCCACAAGCGGCACUCAAUUCGCGUGGCAAUUGGAUGUUUGUUGUCAACGAGGAGAGAACCGCUCGUCAAAUGGUCAAGGCGGAGCUUUGUGCCUCAAACACAUGCUCGAACCUGUGCGAUUUGCCCAAUGGAUAUAACUCCAGGUGCGAGCAGAAGUUCGUACAAAAACGCUUAAUUGCGCUGCAGGGCAAUGGACAAAAUCUUUACACGGACACGUUCUGGUUUCCCAGUUGCUGUGUCUGCACGAUAGCCGCAAAUUAAGGCAGCAGCAGCGGCAGCAAGAGUAGCAAGCGAGGCAGCAUCAGGACCGGAACCGGCUUAAUCGACGAAAAGAGAUGACAGAUAGCGAAAAGAGUGAAUGAGAGAGGGAGAGAGAGAGAGAGAGAGAGAGAGAGAGAGAGAGAGAGCGAGCGAACUGUUUCACAUCCAAGGAGACCAACGACAUUUCAACAUUAUAAUUAAUGUCGCGCUGAAAUGCGAUGAUUUUUGCAGCACAUAAUUGAUAACUAAAAUUAAAAAAACAACAACAACAAAUACACACGCACACGC